UCUAUUAUUUUUUUUUCUUCAGCAAUUCAUUCAUGUUUUGGCUUAUAACAGUUUUUUUUGUUGUCGUUGUUUUAACUUAUGUUUGUAGUUGUGGAUUUGCUUUAGGACAUGGGCUGGUGUGAGUCUAUUACUUGGAAGUGCUUUUAACAGCGCUGAUGUUUGUCGAUGCUUUUAUGGUGGUGUGCUGGUAAAAUUCACAUUGUUUUUAUUGUAUACAUGAGAUUAAUUUCUGUUGUUUUCAACAAUGUUAUGAAAUGCACCAACCAGUGCAAACUACAUCGGGCUGUGGAUUUUCUUGAUUUUUUUUUUUUUUUUUUUUUUUUUGGCGGCUCGCUACUCCAGCGUGUAUCGGCGGCGGGCUAUUUUUAUUGCAGCUCGUAUUAGUUGUUGCGUAAUAAACGCGAGAGCGCAUUACCCAAUGCAAACCGCGAUUUAAAAAAAAAAACAAAAAAACCCCACACAUACACACACACACACACACAAAAAGGGGGCGAGAACAGUUGUGAUUUCCAGCUCGGCCUCCCGCAGCACGCGUGGGUCCCACGCGCGUUCCCAGCCGCACUUUCCAGGCUCCGCUCGUACCUCGGGAGGCGCGACGCGGGCGGACGGGGGAAGCCGGGAUUUUCCCCGGCCAUGUCUACCCGGGGGACACCCACCCACCGCCACCUCCGCUCGGCUCCGUGCCGCGGGUCGCCCUCCCCGAGCCCAGCCAGGCGCUUUCCCCGCCGGGGGCGCGGCGUUGUGCGGCCCCGCCGCCCGCUGACCGGGCCAUCACCCCUGCCAUCCCUGUCCCCUGCCCGCCGCUCCGGGCAGGGCGCGGGGGGCCGGGGGGGCGUCCCGUUGGCUUCUGGGAUUUGUAGUUCUUGCUGCGGCCUCCGCUUUCCCCCCGGCCCGGCCCGGGACUACGAUGCCCACAUGGCCUUGCGCCCCGGCGCAUGAGCGCUCGGGCGCUGUAGCGCAUCUAUUAUACUGCCUUGCCGAGGAUAAAAAGAAGAGCAACUGGAGGGACUGUAAGGCAAACGUUGCUGGAGCUGCCGGGGCAAAUUUGCUCUAGGUUGUAUGGUUGCACCCUGGCAAUGGGAUGUCAGUCCCAUUCAGGGAGCAUAAAGGAAGAAAGAAAAUCUCCCCGUUGCUGCCUCAGUGACAGCGAGUGAGAAGCGAGCAGGAAGAUGUCGACGGUCACGGCAGCGAUCCAGGCUCCUCAGGGCCCUGUGAAUCCUCCACCUCCAGAGGUCACUAAUCCCAAUAAACCUGGCCGCAAGACCAACCAGUUGCAAUAUAUGCAAAAUGUUGUGGUGAAAACCUUGUGGAAGCAUCAGUUUGCUUGGCCUUUCUACCAGCCUGUUGAUGCAAUUAAACUGAAUUUGCCGGAUUAUCACAAAAUAAUAAAAAACCCCAUGGACAUGGGCACGAUCAAGAAGCGCCUGGAGCACAACUAUUACUGGAGUGCCAGUGAAUGUAUGCAGGAUUUCAACACCAUGUUUACAAACUGUUACAUUUAUAACAAGCCCACAGAUGACAUUGUCCUCAUGGCCCAAGCCCUGGAGAAGAUAUUUCUGCAGAAGGUUGCCCAGAUGCCUCAGGAGGAGGUGGAAUUGCUACCCCCAGUUCCUAAAGGCAAAGGUCGCAAGCCCUCAGCGGGCACACAGAGCACAGGAGCUCAGCAAGCCGUGGCCGUGUCUUCCGUGUCCCCAGCGGCCCCGUUCCAGAACGUCCCUCCAGCCGUGUCUCAGACGCCCGUCAUCGCUGCCACCCCCGUGCCAACCAUCACCGCCACCGUCCCUCCUGUCGCCGCCCCUGCCGCCGCCGCCCCGCCGCCUCCCGCCGCUCCGAUCAUGCCCGUGGUGCCUCCCACGCCCCCGGUCGUCAAGAAAAAGGGAGUGAAGCGGAAAGCAGACACCACCACCCCCACCACCUCUGCCAUCACUGCCAGCAGGAGCGAGUCCCCCACGCCGCUCUCGGACCCCAAACAGGCCAAAAUCAUCGCGCGCAGGGAGAGCGGCGGCCGCCCCAUCAAACCACCAAAGAAGGACCUGGAGGAUGGAGAGGUCCCUCAGCACGCAGGGAAGAAGGGCAAACUCUCUGAGCACCUCAAGUACUGUGACAGCAUCCUCAAGGAGAUGCUCUCCAAGAAGCACGCGGCCUAUGCGUGGCCCUUUUACAAGCCCGUGGAUGCAGAGGCCUUGGAAUUACAUGACUAUCACGAUAUUAUCAAACACCCCAUGGAUCUCAGUACUGUGAAAAAGAAAAUGGACAGUCGGGAAUACCAGGAUGCACAAGGUUUUGCAGCAGAUAUUCGGUUAAUGUUCUCUAAUUGUUACAAGUACAAUCCUCCAGACCAUGAGGUGGUGGCCAUGGCCAGGAAGCUCCAGGAUGUCUUUGAGAUGAGGUUUGCAAAAAUGCCUGAUGAGCCUGCAGAGGCCCCCCCUCCACCUCCCCCAACAGCCCCAGUGGUGAGCAAAAGCACAGAGAGCAGCCACAGCAGCGAGGAGAGCUCCUCUGACUCCGACAGCUCCGACUCCGAGGAGGAGAGGGCGACUCGGCUGGCUGAGCUCCAGGAGCAGCUGAAAGCCGUCCAUGAGCAGCUGGCUGCACUGUCCCAAGCGCCAGUGAACAAACCAAAGAAAAAAAAAGAGAAGAAGGAGAAAGAGAAGAAAAAGAAAGAUAAAGAUAAAGAAAAAGAAAAGCACAAAGUCAAAGCUGAGGAGGACAAGAAACCCAAGGUGGCUCAACCACCAAAACAAACCCAGCAGAAGAAAGCCCCAGCUAAGAAAGCGAACAGCACAACCACAGCUAACAGGCAGCCCAAGAAAGGAGGCAAACAGGCAUCUGCAACCUACGACUCGGAUGAGGAGGAGGAAGGGCUGCCCAUGACCUAUGAUGAGAAACGACAGCUCAGCCUGGACAUCAACCGCCUGCCCGGGGAGAAGCUGGGCAGGGUGGUUCACAUCAUCCAGUCCCGGGAGCCUUCCCUCAGAGACUCCAAUCCCGACGAGAUUGAAAUAGAUUUUGAAACCUUGAAGCCCACAACGUUACGAGAACUGGAGAGAUACGUGAAAUCUUGUUUACAGAAAAAACAAAGGAAACCGUUUUCUGCCAGUGGCAAAAAGCAAGCGGCAAAGUCAAAAGAAGAGUUAGCUCAGGAAAAGAAGAAAGAACUAGAGAAGCGGUUACAGGACGUCAGUGGGCAGCUAAACAACAACAAGAAGCCUGCAAAGAAAGAGAAAUCCGGCUCCGCUGCCCCCGGAGGCCCCUCCCGGCUGAGCAGCAGCAGCUCCUCCGAGUCCGGGAGCAGCAGCUCCAGCGGCUCCAGCUCGGACAGCAGCGACUCGGAAUGAGCCGGGACACACGGACACAAGCCCCAAACGGACACUGCCCCUGCUCUGCAGUGUGCCCUCCCCUCCUUCGCCCCCUGCUCUCGGGCCGCGGUGCUCAGGGCUCCAGCAAGCCUGUUUCACUCUGCUCUUGUACCAGUGAUACUCCAACAGGGGCUGUUUGUUCAAACAAUCUCCUGUGAGGCAGG